CGACCGCUGACGACCACGACGCGGGCAGGCCGUGCCGCCGUUCUUUUUUCUUAUUUCCCUCGUUAUUGGCCCUGGUUGGCUCCUUGCUGCUUCUACUACCCCAGGCGGGCUACACUAUCAAUUUCGAAGACGAGCAUCUGCUGAAAAGAUCGACGUGUCGAAGACAAGCCACCUAUUGCUUCCGGGCCGCGUGUCUCCCAACGGGUGCAUCCAAAUCUCGUCGAAAGAAUGCGCGCUUUAGCUGUCGGUCUCCUACUUGCGGCCGUGCAAUUGGCGUCCGCGGCGCCCACUCCCAUCCCCACGCCAGAGCCCUUCUCCGGGAUGAACGCUGGGACAGGCGAUUCGACCCCGAUCCCUGUCUCGGAAGAGGACAUCACGUCGCAACUCGUGCGUCCGGCGCUCUUCGCCCGCGCGGUAUAUUGCUCGUCGCCCGUCGUGGAAACCUGGUCUUGCGGGGAGCCAUGCGACGCGCUGGGCUCCAAUGUCAAGGUCCUCGUCGCAGGUGGAGACGACGAGAAGAUACCCAACUUCUUCGUUGCGUACGAUCAGGACAAGGACACGGUGGUAGUCGCUCAUCAGGGGACUGAGCCGAAGAAUUUCUUGUCCGACCUGAACGAUCUUGAAAUCGUCCAGGUGGGCGCGAACACGACCCUCUUGCCCGGCGCAGGUGAUGAUGUGAAGCUGCAUGACGGAUUCGCGGCCACGCAGGGGAGGACCGCCGACCUCGUCCUCUCCACCGUGCAGUCUGCACUGGACUCCACGGGGUCGAAGCAGUUGCAGGUGAUCGGGCAUAGUCUCGGUGCAGCAAUUGCGAGCAUCGACGGGGUGAUGCUGAAGAUGAAGCUCGAUCCGAGUAUCGCCAUCACCACCACGGUUUUCGGCUUGCCGCGAGUCGGAAACCAAGCGUGGGCAGAUCUUGUGGAUUCCACGCUCGGCUCUUCCUUCACUCACGUCACGAACCAAAAUGAUCCUGUCCCCCGUGUCCCUCCACAGUUCUUGGGAUUCCAACACCCGAGCAACGAGGUUCAUAUCUCAGCAGUGGACCCGACCGGCAACAAUGCCACUGCGACUUUCUGUCCGGGUCAGGAGAAUGAUCAAUGUGCGGAUAGUAACAAUAUCUUGGAUGCGAGCGUCACGAACCAUAGGGGACCAUACUUCGCGAACAUAUCGAUGGGCAAUCGGUUCUGCCCGCUUUGAUAUGUUCUGGAUGAUAAGGGGGCUCCGAAGUCUUCAUGUCGACAUGUCUAGCCUAGCACAAGGUGUUUUGUUCGAUGACUUCCCUGGAUGAGUCGUUUGGUACCGGUACCAGUCGCGGGAUCAAUAUUUCAAUAGGCAGAAGCAUGCGAACCUGGUGGUCGAGUCACUGCUUAUGCAGUUCGUCGGUGUGUGAUGCCCGGCUGGAUCGACUGCCGUUAGCUUGGGGCUACUGUCUCCUCUUUCGACAACGAUAGUUACG